AUGAGGAGCUCCCCAGAUGAGAAGCCGCCUAUACAAAACUUGUGCGUCUACUGCAGCAGAAGUCAGACCUUCUCGUACCUGCGAAAAUGGGACGCGGAUAAAAGCUCGAGGGAGGUUUCAUCAAAUGAGUACCAAAGGAUUGUUUUGAAAAAAUCUGUCAAGUACAAAUGGGUAAAAAAUUUGUCCUGCGAUGAGUGUCACCUGAGUGUGAUGAAAUCGUUGCAGAAGGAUGAACGUGCGAAGAAGCUAAUAGGAACACGUGGGCGGACCGAUGAAGACGCGGGAGGUCCUUCUCCUAUGAUGGCAAGCACCAUGGGGGGAGAGUUCCCCACUGUAAAUAGACGUUUUCUCAGAAAUGAAAUGCGCAUGAGGGAGGCAAAAUCGUUGGAGAGGAGGAGCAGACGGAGGUUUAAGCCCAGAGCCUUUGUAGAAAAAGCGGUUAAAGUGGGCGAAGCGGAAGAAGCGGUUAAAGCGGACGAAGCGGGUAAAGCCCAGGAGGACCUUUUCAACGCCGUGGCCAGGGCCAAGCGCUACCGACGUGUGUCCAAAGUAUGGCUACGAAGGUUCCUCCGAAAGAGCGGCCCAGUGUACAAACAUCUGGCAGAGCGGCUAAUAAAUUUUCUGUCAAUAAGAAGCUUUCAAAUGUUCGAUGUAGAAUUGUGGAACUGCUUUUUCAAAAAAAAGGUGACAAAUCAUAUGAACACUAAUUUGUACUUUGUGUUUGGCAAAGAAGGGAGCGAGAAGGAAAGGUUUUUAGAAGACCUGUUUAUCUCCUUUCCUUUUAUGUACCCCAGUGAUCGGGUUUACCUUAUUGAUCUGGGUCAGUAUGGGCGGUGCCCCAUCGUGAGUGACUCCAGGUAUGCAGUCCAUUCGAUGGGGAGCAGCCGGAGCAGCGGCAGUAGUAGUUCGCUUCGCAGUAGUAUGCCUAGAAGCGCCCCUAUUGAUGCAAAAAAACGCAGGCCAUACGUGAACAAAAUAAUCUAUCCCAAUCUGAGCGAAAUCACACAGAAGGAAGAAGCAGUGAGAAGACUGACUAAUCGGAGGGGAUGCCUCCAAAACAUAGACCCGUGCAAUGAGAACCUGGAGUAUAUCUUGCUAGCCGUCACCCGAAUAGGUCUCGUGAAACAGUUCGUUUGGAAGAAGGAGUUAAUGAGGCGGUUGUCUGUCUUGGUACAGUCCAGUCCACUGUGGAAGGGGCUUCCACAGAGGGGAGAGGCACCAAGGAAGUAUCCCCUAACGGCUAAAGCGGAAAUGAGUAAACGGACCAGGGGACUGAACCUCUUCAACGGGGGUCCCUCCUUCGUGUUAAUAAAAAAUUUGGACAAACUUAACCACCUGCAGAUGCCCCCCCUGAGGAGAAGUUGCAUCGUUCAGGUGAUUCUCAAAUAUGUGUACCUGUGGAAGGAGCUGAAUUUAAAUGUUCACGCGUUUGUUUUGGCAGGGGAGGCACUAGAAGAAGUAGAGGCAGCAGAAGGGGGAGUAGCCUCCGGAGGAGCAGCACAUCCCCAUGGCCUGAACCCCCUCAGCGAGUACCUCUCCAACUGUGCCACGUUUGAGUUCCCCACUUUUGAGAUGCCCCCCUUCUUGCGCGAGGCCGAGAGACACCAGUACUUGACGCACCUCUUUAAAGAAAAAGGGGUGAAGUGCUCCAAGGGGGACCUCAAACAGAUAGCGGAAAUGACCGCCAGUUUUAGCAAAGCGGAUUUGGACAACCUCUGUAGAGAUGAGUGUCGAGAGAGGUUCAUUCAUGCGGUGAGGGGGGGGGGAGGGGAAGUGACCAAUAUUGGCGAUGUGGCAAACAUGGGCGAAGUGCUCAAUAUUGGCCGACUUCCCAACAUGGUGGAACUCUCCAAAGGGUUGUGUACCCAGGGGGGGGCACCUCCUGAGAGGAGCUUCUUCCACAAGACGUUGAAUCUUCAGAGCGAAUCCCACGCGGUCAUCCGCACGCACGAGAUUGAGUUGUACAAAGGAGAGAAGCGUAGCCAUCCGAAGAGAACCCCCUACCCUGGUAGGGUCUCCCUGUUGGAGGAUGACCCCCACAGUGGAGAGACUCACGGAUUGGACAGGGUCAUAGGAGAGGAGGAGCUGGUAGGGAAGCUGCGGGCAGAGGUGCUACGCUGCUUCAGAUCCACAUGGGAGGAGGACCACCCUUGUGAGAAGGAUCACCCAUGUAAGAGGCCCCGUUCAGAACCCCCCAUGGGCAUAUUACUCUAUGGGAAGAGCGGGUCGGGAAAGACAUUCAUAGCGCAGAAAAUCAUCGAAGAAUGCAACUGCACCUCCCUUGUGAUAAACUGCUCCCACGUCUUUAACAAAGUAAUGGGAGAGUCGGAAAAGUUUCUAAAUGAUGUCUUCGUCUAUGCGUCAGGUAGAGUAGGACCAUGUGUCAUUCUCUUUGAUGGCAUCGAAAAUAUAUGCUACAGCACGAAGGGAUCUUCAUCCCAUGGCAUGAGUAAAUUCACGGAGAGGUUAAAGCUCUGUUUUUACCAACACCUAGACAGAAUUCACUUCCAGAACAAGUGGGGAGUGGAAAGAAGGACUGCCGGAAAGGUUUUCAUCAUAGCAACAACAACGGAGAUUACAAAUGUAGAUGCGAAUCUGAUGGUCGAGCAUCGUUUAAGACAUGUGUUCUGCACGAAGGAGUUCCACCUAUGGCGAGACAGUGAUGUGUUGAGACUCGUCCGCACCUCCCUUCACCAGUGUAAUGUCCCUGCGGAGAGCUUCGUCCUCUCCGUGGGGUUCCAAAACUUUUUCAGAGAAUACAUUUUGAGCCGCAAAGAGAGGCUCACUCCGCUGUGCGUUUCGAACUUGUGCAGAGACGCCGUGGCUCGGCGCGUGCGGAGGGUGCUCGCCUGUGCAGGUUAG